AUGGAACUUAUUUGGUGCACAAAGAAAUGGACGAAUGCCUCGGAGCGGUUGUCAAAGCUGGCUACCGUGGAAUAGAUACUGCUUCAAUGUACAGUAAUGAAAAAAAGAUAGGCGAAUUUCUCAAGUCUCAUCUUAAGGACUAUGGCUUGUAUAGAAAAGAUAUUUUUGUAACCACGAAACUUCAUCCCUGUGACCAUGGUUCUGGGAAGGCACCCUCUGCUGCAUAUAAAUCACUCGGAGCUUUACAAACACCCUACAUUGAUUUGUAUUUGAUCCAUUGGCCUGGAUUAUUUUCUCACGAUGGCUCAGGCGCCAUUGCCGACAUCAGGAGGCAAAGCUGGCAGGCAUUGGAACAAUUGGUCUGUGAGGACGUUUCGAUGUUGGAUAGAUCUGAAUCAAGUUCACAUGUCAUUGGAAGUGGGAACUAUCGCCCUUUGCGAUAUAUUGGAAUUUCUAACUACACUAGCAAGCACAUAAAGGAAUUAGCUUCAUAUUCAACCAUCCGGCCAUUUGCGCUGCAGAGUGAAUAUCAUCCCUAUUUGGGGGAACAAUGGAUGUCAGAAAUAAGAAAGACCCUUGCGGAUUGUUUCCCCAUUUCAUCUUCGGAAAGGAUCUAUGAUUCUUCUAGCCACGACCUGCCAGAAUCUGAUACGUCCGUUUACUUUAUGGCUUACAGCCCCCUCACGAGUGGCCAUACAGACCUUCUUACUUGCAAGACACUCCUCGCCAUUUCAAAGGAAGUUGGGAAAUCUACCGCACAAGUUGCUUUAAGAUGGUCGUUGCAGAAGGGAAAUUGUGAGUUCUCUUUCUUGCUUUUUUCUCAAGUUCCACUUUCCCCUUUCAAUCUCCGUUUUCAACUUGGACAAUUGUGCAAACGCGAGCAUCGCAUCAGACCAGAAAGGCUAAAAUAUCAAAAAACGUGUGCAACUGUGAGACAUAAAGGCAUGAAUAAGGCAUUGUUGUGA